CACCGAUCAGAAAAGAGAUUUUCGUACGGGCGUAAAUAGGAAGGAAGGAAGGAAGAUUAAAUAAUUAAUAAGAAAUUAGAUGGAUCGGCUGCUGGGAGAUUUCGAAAUUCCGGCGAAAGAUCCUUCCGACGAGGAUCUGAGUGGCUGGAGAUCGUCGGUCGGUCUUGUUAAGAACCACAGCAGACGCUAUCGCAACGUCGCCGAUCUCGCCGUCAGAACCCAAUCCAAACAGAUCAUCCGCCAAACUCAGGAACGACUACGAGUUCUUCUUUAUGUGCAGAGAGCAGCAUUGAGAUUUAUAGAUGGUGCAAGUUUCGAAGAACAGCUUUCAGAAGAAGCCCAACAACAAGGAUUCAGAAUCCAUCCAAAUCAACUCGCUUCCAUCAUUCGAAACCACAACCUUAAACGAUUAGAAUCCCACGGCGGACCAAACGGAAUCGCGAACAAGAUCAAUGUCUCACUGACCCACGGCGUCGAUUCAAACGACGUACCAAAAAGACAAAACAUUUACGGAUCAAACACAUUUGCCCAAAAACUUUCUAAAUCUUUCUGGUUCUUUCUUUGGGAAGCAUUACACGACAUAACUCUAAACAUCCUCAUGGUAUGCGCAGUCAUUUCAAUUAUCGUCGGACUCCCAACCGAAGGCUGGCCGACCGGCAUCUACGACGGACUAGGAAUCCUUUUAAGUAUUUUAUUGGUCGUAACCGUUACUGCUGUUAGCGAUUACAGACAGUCUUUACAGUUUCAAGAUUUGGACAAGGAGAAGAAGAACAUUAUUGUUCAUGUCACCAGAGAUGGUUAUCGACAAAAGAUUUCCAUUUUUCAAUUGGUGGUCGGUGACAUUGUUCAUUUAUCGAUCGGCGAUCAAGUUCCGGCAGAUGGGAUUUUCAUAUCGGGUUAUAGUUUGUUGAUUGAUGAAUCGAGUUUAUCGGGUGAGAGUGAGCCUGUUGAUAUAAACAGAGAAAGACCUUUCCUUUUGGCGGGAACGAAAGUACAAGAUGGGUCGGGUAAAAUGUUGGUUACAACGGUCGGUAUGAGAACAGAGUGGGGUAAGUUAACCGAAGCUUUAAACGACGGAGGAGGAGAAGACGAGACGCCAUUGCAGGUCAAGCUGAAUGGGGUUGCCACGGUUAUUGGGAAGAUCGGUUUAGUGUUUUCGAUUUUGACGUUUACGGUUUUGGUGACGAGGUUUCUUAUAAACAAAGGGAUUCAAAAGGAUUUAACGAAUUGGUCUUUGACAGACGCGUUACAGCUUUUGAAUUACUUCGCAACCGCGGUUACGAUUAUCGUAGUCGCGGUUCCGGAAGGACUGCCUCUGGCUGUAACGCUAAGUCUCGCGUUUGCGAUGAAGAAACUAAUGAAUGAAAAAGCGCUAGUGAGGCAUCUAGCCGCGUGUGAAACGAUGGGGUCGGCUACUACCAUUUGUACUGAUAAAACAGGAACUUUAACGACUAAUCAUAUGGUGGUUGAUAAGAUAUGGUUAUCAGGAAAGAAUUUUGAAGGAGAUAGAUUAUUAUCAUCUUUAGACUUAUCAGAGAAUUGUUUAAUCAUUCUAUUACAAGCCAUAUUUCAAAACACUGCGGCUGAAGUCGUGUUGGGAAAAGACGGGAAUCGUUCUGUUUUAGGAACGCCCACUGAAUCUGCGAUUCUCGAAUACGGUUUGCUUCUUGGCGGAGAUUUCGACUCUCAACGCCGCGAAAUUGGGGUUCUUAAGGUUGAGCCGUUCAAUUCUGUGAAGAAGAAAAUGUCUGUUUUAGUGUUGCUUCCUGACGGUAGAAAACGAGUGUUUUGUAAAGGAGCGUCGGAGAUUAUACUGGGAUUUUGUACUAACAUGGUUGAUAUAAAUGGAGAAGUUGUUUCAAUUUCAGAUGAUGUUAAUGAUGUUAUAAAUAGUUUUGCAUCUGAUGCAUUAAGAACUCUGUCUUUGGCUUAUAAGGAUAUUGAUGAUGAUGAUCUUGAUUAUGAAAACAACGGAAUCAUUCCUGACAAUGGAUAUACGUUAAUAGCAGUUGUUGGGAUUAAGGAUCCAGUUCGUCCUGGUGUUAAGGAAGCAGUACAAAUCUGUUUGGCUGCUGGAAUUACAGUUCGAAUGGUCACUGGUGAUAAUAUCAACACGGCUAAGGCCAUUGCUAGAGAAUGUGGUAUACUUACUGAAGACGGUUUGGCGAUCGAAGGAUCUGAUUUUCGUAGCAAAUCCCCCGAGGAUUUGAAGAGUAUUUUGCCUAAAAUUCAAGUUAUGGCUCGAUCCUUACCUUUGGACAAGCACAGGUUGGUUAGUAGUUUGAAGAACACGGGGGAAGUGGUGGCGGUUACUGGCGAUGGAACAAACGAUGCUCCUGCUUUGCAUGAAUCCAACAUUGGACUUGCAAUGGGUAUUGCAGGAACAGAGGUUGCAAAAGAGAAUGCUGAUGUUAUAAUACUAGACGAUAAUUUCAAGACUAUAGUAAACGUCGCAAAAUGGGGUCGAGCAGUGUACAUAAAUAUUCAAAAAUUUGUACAGUUUCAAUUAACCGUUAAUAUCGUCGCCCUAAUGCUCAAUUUCGUUUCAGCCUGCGUCACAGCGUCGGCUCCUCUAACCGCGGUUCAGCUACUGUGGGUAAACCUGAUCAUGGACACAUUAGGUGCAUUGGCUUUAGCUACAGAACCACCAAAUGAAGGACUAAUGAAAAGAAAACCUGUGAGAAAGGAGACAGGAUUCAUUACAAAGAUCAUGUGGAGAAACAUCUUUGGUCAGAGCAUCUACCAAUUAAUAGUUCUUUUCGUUCUAACAUUCGACGGUUUGAAUCUCUUGAAACUCGGAGAUGUUUCCAAUGGUACUAAGAUUCUCAACACCUUCAUAUUCAACACAUUUGUGUUCUGUCAGGUGUUUAACGAGAUAAACAGUCGUGACAUGGAGAAGACAAAUGUGUUCAGUGGAUUAUUCGAAAGCUGGGUAUUUUUAACUAUAAUAGUUUCGACAGCUGCGUUUCAGGCUAUUAUAGUAGAGUUUCUUGGGGCUUUUGCUAGCACAGUUCCAUUAAGUUGGCAGUUAUGGUUAUUAAGCAUAUUAAUUGGAGCAAUAAGCUUGCCUGUGGGAAUCCUCUUAAAGUGCAUCUCUGUUAACAAGACGGCUCCCCUGCUUCACCAGAAUCACCACGACGGUUAUGCGCCGCUCCCUAGUGGCCCAGAAAUGGCUUGAAUAAAGACAAUGUUAAUCGUAACUGAAAUAUGCGGAAAUAAAAUGACAGUUUUCAUAUU